UUAAUAUUAAUCAGAUUUACGCCAUUAUUCUUGCAUUUCCUCUAUUGAUCUCCGCGUCAGACUCUUCUUUCCUCUCCUCAUAUUGAAUCCUAUACAGAGUGUACACAGAACAUAACCCUUGAUUCUUGAACAAAGCUAAGAGGAAAGAGUUUGUUGUACAUGGUGAUGGAGGUUCAAACACCACCGCCACCACCUUCACAGCGCUCAAAGCUAAAGCCACUGACCAGGCUCAACAAUCAUGUGGGCAACAGCUGGGUGGGCAAGCGCUUCAAGCUAUCCGAGCGCAACACCACCUUCACUACCGAGCUCCGAGCCGGCACCGCCACAUUCCUGACCAUGGCCUACAUCCUCGCCGUUAACGCCUCCAUCCUCACCGACUCCGGCGGAACCUGCUCCGUCUCAGACUGCGUUCCUCUCUGCUCCGAUUCCUCGGUCUCAAUCUCCAACUGCUCCGGCUCCAACCUCCGGGUCAUCCAGCCCGACGAGUCCUGCAAGUUCAACCCGGUCAAUCCGGGCUAUGAGACCUGCCUCGAGAGAAUACGCAAGGACCUGAUAGUAGCCACCGUGGCCUCAUCUCUCAUCGGCUGCGUGAUAAUGGGUGCCUUUGCGAACCUUCCUCUGGCCUUGGCUCCUGGUAUGGGUACCAACGCCUAUUUUGCCUACACCGUCGUCGGCUUUCACGGGUCGGGUAGUGUCUCCUACCAGAGCGCCUUAGCUGCCGUGUUCAUCGAAGGCCUAAUCUUCUUGGCCAUUUCCGCAGUUGGGUUUCGUGCCAAACUCGCCAAACUCGUCCCCAAACCCGUCCGAAUCAGCUCCUCCGCCGGUAUCGGUCUCUUCUUAGCCUUUAUCGGUUUACAGAACAACGAAGGAAUCGGGUUGAUCGGGUACAGUUCGUCGACCCUGGUGACACUCGGAGCCUGCCCCGUUGGCUCUCGGGCAUCGCUAGCCCCUGUCAUAACCGCUGCUAAUGGAACCGUCAGUUUGCUCCCGGGCGGCACAGUCUCGGGAGGUAUUUACUGCCUCCGAGACACCAUGGAAAGCCCGACAUUUUGGCUCGGUAUCGUCGGUUUCGUAAUUAUCGCUUACUGCCUGGUGAAAGACGUCAAGGGUGCUAUGAUUUUCGGCAUAAUAUUUGUAACGGCCAUUUCGUGGUUCCGUAACACCAAGGUAACGGCGUUUCCCGAUACCGAUACCGGCAACACGGCGUACCAGUAUUUCAAGAAGGUAGUUGAUGUGCAUGCGAUAAAGAGUACAGCAGGGGCAUUGAGCUUUAAGAAUAUCGGUAAAGGUUCCUUCUGGCAAGCCUUGAUCACGUUUCUAUACGUUGACAUACUCGAUACGACCGGCACGCUGUAUUCGAUGGCUAGGUUCGCCGGCUUCGUUGACCAAAACGGAGACUUCGAGGGGCAAUACUUCGCUUUCAUGUCGGACGCCACGUCAAUUGUGGUGGGGUCGUUGCUGGGCACGUCGCCAGUGACGGCGUUCAUCGAAUCGUCAACGGGGAUCAGGGAAGGCGGACGGACUGGGCUGACGGCGCUAACGGUGGCGGGAUACUUCUUCUUGGCGUUUUUCUUCACGCCGCUACUGGCGUCGAUUCCAGCGUGGGCUGUGGGCCCGCCGUUGAUAUUGGUGGGCGUGAUGAUGAUGAGAUCGGUGGUGGAGAUCGACUGGAACGACAUGCGGCAGGCGAUCCCAGCCUUUACGACGAUGAUUUUGAUGCCUCUGACUUAUUCAAUUGCGUAUGGGCUGAUUGGUGGGAUUGGCACCUACAUCGUUUUGCACCUAUGGGAUUGGGGGCAUGAGCUUUUGGUGAAACUUGGAAUAGUAAAAGGGGUGGUGAUCAGCGCGAGCGGUGAAGUCAAUGAGGCGCAUCAUGGUAGUAAUGGAAAAGCACUUGAAGUCUAGGAUUGUGACUUUGGAAUAUAUAUAUAUAUAGUACGUGUCUUUUUUCUUUUUUUUUUUUCUCAUUUUUUUAAAGAAAUUUCUAUUCUUCAUUGUUGUCGUACGUAGGAAAUUAAUUUGGAAGAAAUGGAUUCAUUGAUAAUACGCCCGCAGAAUAUGUAAAUAAAUAUCAAAUAUGGCUUUCGGUGCU